AUGAAAAUUAUAAUUACUUUUCUCAGUAUGAUCCUUUAUGCUGUGAAUCCAGCAUCAGGUCUUUGGUUACCUGCUAUUAAACCUUCUCAUAUCUCAAGAACUGAUGGAAUUACCUGCCCAAGAGUCGCUGAGCCAAUUUCUGUGGCCUACCCAAUCACCUACCAGCAAUUUCUUGAAACAGAAAGAUACACGCAACAGAUUCAUGAACAAGCACAUAAAGACUUUGGCACUGAAUCAACUAAAGAUAUUCUUGAAACCAACCCUGAAAUUAACAAGAAGAAUGUAGGCUUUCUUGGGAAAGAGACACAAAAAUGGAAACCUGACCUUGUGGUAGAUAUCCUUACAGUACUGGGAGACAAUGCUAUAUACAACAUCUGGAUGAUUUGGGUGAUGCGUUAUCUUAGGAGAUAUGUUUAA